CAAGCGCCCUGGCUGACCCGUCAUGGCGUGAUGACGUCACGCCGCCCCGUCGCCCCUGCCUGUGUUUAUUAUGUGGUCGUUAAGCAGCAGCAGCUAACUAGCAUCGCGCCUCGUCCUCAAACAUGCUCUGAUUUCACAGCUGGCAGGUUCGGAGGACAGAGAUGGCAGUGUGUGCACUGACCAUGUUGGACGGGAUGGAGGAGGAGGUGACAGCAGCAGGCGGCGUGUUGCUCCUGGCCCUGGCCCUCAUCUUGGCUUGGCUCUCGACCCACGUGGCCGACAGAGGGGACCACAUCCUGGGCACCAUCCUCACCGUGGGCGCCCACGCCUCUCUGAUCGGACUGGGAGGCCACGACAGCUACAGCGGAGGGUCUCCCGGCGCCGACGCCCCCGAACAGCAGACCCCGGCUCCUUCGCAGGAGAACAAGCCGGACGACGGCGAGCCGGGGACCGAGAGAGGAGGAGGAGGAGGAGGAGGAGGAGAGGGCGAGGGGACAGGGGAGGGGGCUGAGGGGGUCAGGGCAGAUCUGCUGCUGGACAUACAAAGCAAACAACAGCAGGCCGGGAGGCUUCAUACUUCGGACGAGGACGAGGAUGAAGCGGACGAGGAUGACGACGACGACGACGACGAGCUGGAGGAGGAAGAUAAAAAGAUUUUAAAGCGCAUUCCAGUGUUGCCCACCACCACCACCACCGCCACUUGCAUCUCUGUCCGUCUGAAGUUUUUAAACGACACGGAGGAGGUGGCUGUUGUCGAACCGCAGGAUACAGUAGGAGGGCUGAAAAGUAAGUACUUCUCAGGUCAGGAACAACAGAUAAAACUUAUCUACCAAGGCCAGUUGCUGCAGGAUCCCAAGAGGACCCUGUUAUCCCUGAACAUCACACACAACAGCGUGAUCCACUGCCACAUCUCCCAGGCCCUGCACGAGGCCACUCCAGAGGAAGGGGCUCAACCUGGGGCCGGAGCAGGAGCCGGGUCUGGGGUCUCUGGAGGAUUCAGGGCCGCCGGCUUGGCCAUCAGCACCGGCAGCUUGGUGGUGCCCGUGUUUGUGGUGAUACUAGCUGUGGUGUGGUACUUUCGCAUCAACUACAGGCAGUUUUUCACCGCCCCCGCGACCAUCUCCCUCGUGGGAGUCACUGUGUUCUUCAGCUUUCUGAUUUUCGGGAUGCACAGCCGUUGAGAAAAUAAAAAUGGCAGCGAGAGCGAGCACACGCUUACAGCUGAAUGUUGUUAGGUAAAAUAAAAAUAACUACAGCAGUGGGUGGCGUCUGGAGACGCGGACUAAUCAAAAAAAAAGGGGCUCGGUGCAGACGCCACAGCUGAUUGGAUUCCUGCGGCGUGUGUGCGUGAGUGUCUAGGCGAGCCUGUUUAUGCAUGUACCAAGAUUAAAAAAAACAAAACAGGUGAGUGAUUGUACAGUACACGUGAGGUCAAUAAUAAUCUCCAGUGAGUGCUGUUUAUCUAAAACUGAACCACCAUUUAGCUUCUCCUCAAACUUGACGUCGUGGUUCACACCAUGUUUAAACACACUCUCGUCUGCUCUUUUCUUGUUGCUAAAGAUUCAUAAUGCUUUCCUGUUCCAUUGUUUCUGUGUUCGAAAAAAACAAUAAUCUGAGAUUAACUGAUAGAUACAAGAUCUAAAAAUCUUUUGGAACCACUCACCGUCGUGCUGUGUGUGCCAGGUGUUAACUCUUUACCUUUUUUAUUUUGUGUCAUUUGAAUGAUUCGAGCUCUGUACAGCUGCCUCAGUGCUAGGCUGAAAAAUUUCCGAUAUUUUUAUUGCUCAAAAACAGUCGCUAUGUAGAAAUAGGCUAAUUUAAAUAAUCACUAGACAUGAAAAUAGACACUUUUUGGUGAAGAUAUUGUAAAUAUAUUAUGUAUUUUCUGUAAAUAAAAUGAUAGAUUGAAUCAGAUGAACCUGCAUCUGGCACUUAAAGAUUUGGAGGGAGACACAAGCCCCUCCUGAUUAUGCUGGACUGCUCUGGCUUCAGUGAUGUCUCAAAUUAAAAGCAUUUCAAACCAAACCUGUUUGACUGUGUGUGUGUGUGUGGAGUCUAAAGAAGUGAGCCUCUGGGUGUGGUUUGUGUUUAUUUAUAUACAAACACCAGUAUGCAUGGCAGUGAAGAAAAAUAUAUCAAGUUAUGUUCAUAUACAACAGUCAUUCACGCAUGCACGGAUUUGUGCAUGGAAAAAAUAUCGGGAAAAACUCACAACAUCGCAUUCUUUGUUAUUGCACUCGUACUGCACACAGAUACACAGAGAGCGCCACGGCAGAACAUCAGCUGUCAGCUUCUUCUACCAAAGGUGGCUCGAGAAUCUAAUCAUAUCUACCAAAGUAUCUCAAUAACAGUUGAUUUAUCUUUAGUGCACAUCACAAGACUGUACUGGAAAAGAUUUAAAAGGGCACGUUCAGAGUCACUACAGACCUUAACAGAAAUGGGAAAAUGAUAUUCAUACUGGAAAUGAAAUCGGGUUUCAACAGAUUGCCACGUUCAUGACGUUUGAGACAAGUGAACACACUCGACAUCAGGGACUGUAUGAAAAUUACUGGGGGUGAAGAAAAGGGUUCUAUUUAUAUUUUGCAAUCCCUGAAUAUUAUUAAUAUUCUAUUUGGACUCUCGUCUUUGAAAAAAAUAAACUAAAAUACUGACAAACACAAAAAUGGUAAAUAUAAAAUUAUUUUCUAUUUCUAAAAUGUUGUAUUCCACCAAAUGAGUCAAUCAGAAUUGGCUGGUCCUAGAAGCUAGCUGAUUUUGAUGAGGAAAGUAAAGUCUUGAUAUGGAGACCUAAUGCUAGACACAUGUUCCAGACCCCA